ACUAGAAAAUGGGAAUUUAGUUUAUUGAAUCGAAAUUGAAUAAUGGCACGGUGAAAAAAGCGGAGCCCAAUUCCUUGGAUCCUCUUCCAACUGGGAGAUUCAAUUGAAGCAAUGGUGGAAGAUCACCAUCAUCAUCAUCAUCAUCAUUUACCUGUUCAUGUUCCUUCGAAUCCCUCAAUGGUUGUAAUCCGAAACGCCUUCGAUUACGACGCCACGGGUGACUGCUCCGUCUUCCCACCUAUCAACCAUGAAAACCUCCCUCAAUCACCGCCUUCAUCUCCCUCCUCCUCCUCCUCCUCUUCUUCUUCUUCUUCUUCUUCUUCUUCCCACGAUUCUGACCCGUGGCAUCUCAAUUCUUCGUGUCCCAUCGAUUCCCAGCUCGGCAAGCGCAGCGACUUCGUUAGAUUGGUUUCCAUCGGCAUCGACAUCUUGCGUUCCAAGCUUCUCACCUUCACCUCUUCUUUUAGAACCGCUGCUUCCACCCGAGGGGCGUUUUGGUCAAUUUGGAUGCCAGCUGCGGCGGUGCUGGUGUCACUGUGGAUAAUCAUCCGGAGGAAAAGAAGGAGGAGGAGCUUCACGGACAGUGAGAAUCGUUUGUUGGAUAUCAUUCAGGAGAAAGAUGAGAGGAUUUCCCAACUCUUGGACCAGAUUGGACAAAUGAAUGAAUUACUUAUAGCUCGUUACAAAGCUUUGGCUGCAAAAGGGACUGAAUGAUUAAGACCUGUGAUAUGGUAGCUAUUGAAUUUAGCAGAGUGAUUGAACAUCCAUGCCCAGAAGUGGCAUCUCAAGCCUAAUCAGAGAGAAUAGCCAUUGAAUGAACUGCCGGAUUUUGGGUUAUAUCUGUGAUGCAUGGUGGUCCGCCCAGCCCAAUGAAUAUGCCGCAGUCUGCCAGAUUCGUGAAUGACUAGCUCAGUUGGGAACCACGGAAUUUAUCAGGAAAGCUAUAAAACACUAACAGUAGUAAAAUACUCAUGGUUUAGUGAGUUGUGUUUUGAAGCCCUUGAUGUUAAUGACUCCAGCAUCCUUGGCUUAGCUUAUGGAAAGUCCCAAACGAAAACUUUGUACCUUUAACAAUCCUGUAGAAUAUUAUUCUUUUUUCUUUUUCUUUUGACAAACAACUCACACACAUGACACACCCAAACAUAUUCUACUAAAGGGUUCUUCACCAUUGUCUCAACUGAGACUUGAACCUGGAUAUCUGGUUUAUGAGGCUCAUGGGUUGUCCACUAGCCUCAGAGCCUCACCACAAAAGCUUCUGUGAAUUGUAGCCGGACGUAGAUAUUUUACUGUGAUUCAACUAAAAAAAAAUCAGAUGCAGUUAAUUA